AUUUCUUUCUUUAGUCUGUGACCUUUGGGGGCGAGCACUACUGGUGUUGGUGGCAAGGACUGAAGAAGCUGGUGUUUCAUACAUUGGCACACUGAAGAGCUGGGGAAUUAAACAUUUCGAUCUUGUGCUUUGAAAACAGCUGACAACGUGUGGUAAUGUGCUGACUGGCAUUAUGGGCAGACGAUACCCAGGGGCUCACUAUCGUCCAAGCAGCUCAUGUAUAUUUCAAAUUAUAAUCUAUUUCCUGAUCCAUUGCUGAAGCCCUGUGAUCCAUGUCAGAAGUACUUCCAGUUGACUCCAGUGUGGACACUUUGGCAGUGUUUAUGGCAAGCAACAGCACAACGGACGUUGUGAAUCGCAAUAAUCCCGCCACUCCACCAAAUACCCUUAACCUCCGUUCCUCCCACAAUGAGCUGUUAAAUGCAGAAAUAAAAAACACAGAAACCAAGAACAGCACUCCUCCAAAAUGCAGGAAAAAAUAUGCAUUAACUAACAUUCAGACAGCCAUGGGCCUUUCAGAUCCAGCAGCACAGCCUCUUCUGGGGAACAACUCUGCCAACAUAAAGCUGGUAAAGAAUGGAGAGAACCAGCUUAGAAAAGCAGCAGAGCAAGGGCAACAGGAUCCCAACAAAAACCUCACAGCCACUGCAGGCAUAAACAUAACUUCUGAGAAGUUAGAAGGUAAAGAGCCAGUCCCCCAGGAUUCUUCUGGCUGUGAAAUAUUGGCCUCACAACCCAGGAGAACCAAGAGCUUCCUAAAUUACUAUGCAGAUCUGGAAACAUCAGCCAGGGAACUAGAACAGAAUUUUGUGGUGAUGGAAGAGAAAUCUGCACAAAGCAACAGCCAGGCUUCUACCAUUAUUGUCAAUGGGGAUGUCCUGCCUGGGCAGCAAACCAAGCUGUCAAGCCCAGAAGAUGGCCAAGUAGCUACUGUAUCAUCAAGUCCUGAGACUAAGAAGGACCAUCCUAAAACUGGAGCCAAAACAGAUUGUGCGCUACAUCGGAUUCAAAACCUGGCUCCAAGUGAUGAAGAUUCCAGCUGGACAACAUUGUCACAGGACAGUGCUUCUCCAAGCUCCCCUGAUGAAACAGCAGAUAUAUGGAGUGAUCACUCAUUUCAGACAGACCCUGACUUGCCACCGGGCUGGAAAAAAAUCAAUGACAUUGCAGGGAUCUAUUAUUGGCACAUACCAACGGGAACAACCCAGUGGGAACGUCCUGUCUCGAUACCAACAGAUCGUCAGGGUUCAAGGAAAGGAUCCCUUAGUUCCAUAACUCCAUCUCCAACCCCAGAAACUGAGAAACAGCCAUGGAGUGAUUUUGCUGUACUGAAUGGGGGAAAGAUUAAUAGUGACAUUUGGAAGGAUCUGCAUGCAGCCACUGUGAAUCCAGACCCCAGUCUAAAAGAAUUUGAAGGAGCAACAUUACGUUAUGCAUCUUUAAAGCUCAGAAAUGUUCCACAGUCUGAUGAAGAUGAUUCCUGCAGCAUCAACAGUGAUCCAGAAGCCAAGUGUUUUGCUGUGCGCUCUUUGGGCUGGGUAGAGAUGGCAGAAGAAGAUCUUGCUCCUGGAAAAAGUAGUGUUGCUGUUAACAAUUGCAUUAGACAACUCUCUUAUUGUAAAAAUGACAUCAGAGACACAGUCGGAAUUUGGGGAGAGGGAAAAGACAUGUAUCUCAUACUGGAAAACGACAUGUUAAAUUUGGUUGACCCAAUGGAUCGCACUGUUCUUCAUUCCCAGCCCAUUGUGAGCAUCAGAGUCUGGGGUGUGGGCCGUGAUAAUGGCCGAGAGAGAGACUUUGCUUAUGUAGCAAGAGACAAAGACACGAGAAUUUUGAAAUGUCACGUAUUUCGAUGUGACACACCAGCAAAAGCCAUUGCCACAAGUCUGCACGAAAUCUGUUCUAAGUUGCUACUAUACUAUAUGUUGGAAAAAAUGCUGUAUUAUCGCCGUCUUCUUCAGAUUAUGGCUGAACGGAAGAAUGCUAAAGCUGUGGCUUGCAGCUCAUUGCAAGACCGGACAAAUGCCACCCUAGAUGUUCCUCUGCAAGUAGAUUUCCCAACACCAAAGACAGAGCUGGUACAGAAGUUCCAUGUGCAGUACUUGGGCAUGUUACCUGUAGCUAAGCCUGUGGGAAUGGAUACACUGAACAAUGCUAUAGAAAGUCUUAUGACUUCCUUGAGCAGGGAAGACUGGAUGCCAGUUACCAUGAAUGUUGCUGAUGCCACCGUCACAGUCAUCAAUGAAACAAAUGAAGAAGAAAUCAUGGUGGAAUGUCGUGUACGAUUCCUGUCCUUUAUGGGAGUGGGCAAGGAUAUCCAUACAUUUGCCUUCAUUAUGGAUACAGGAAACCAGCAUUUUGAGUGCCAUGUUUUUUGGUGUGAGCCAAAUGCAGGCAAUGUAUCAGAAGCUGUUCAAGCUGCUUGCAUGUUACGGUAUCAGAAGUGCUUAGUAGCCAGACCUCCUUCGCAGAAAAUUCGACCACCACCUCCUCCUGCAGACUCGAUGACCAGAAGAGUUACAACUAAUGUAAAAAGAGGGGUGUUGUCGCUCAUUGACACUUUGAAACAGAAACGCCCUGUCACUGAAAUGCCGUAAGAGGAUUCUUGUAACACUUAACCCAAAAUAUAGUAGCUACACUAAGGAAAAUGAACUGAUGAUGCUCAGCCUUCCAUUUGAAAUUGCUGAUGCUUUGUCUUCAGAGAAUUUACCCGUAUCAAAACAAUGUUAGACAAGCAUGUUCUCUUGUUCUUGCCACCAUCGUGUGAUAUGAAAAGAAGCAUGAAUAAUUUUUUUCCUGUCAGUGAGUUACAUCAUGAGCAAUGGAAGGUCUAUUUCUGAUUGUAAAUAUUAUGAACAUUACCUAAAUUCACACACACAAAGAAUAUGGCCACAUCCCUCCUAGAGAACUAACGCUAAAAACCUUGGAGUGAAUGAUGCCUCAGUUAAUAGUCUCACCAUCUUGAGCUGGAUUUGUCACAAGCAAACCGUAAAUCCUACAGCACUUUUCCCUAUUUUCAACACUGGAGUAGGUAUUGAGUAGUUACCAUUGACUUAUAAAUACCAAGUUUUAUUUUCCAAAGCUGCACCUGUUAGUUUUAAAGUGUCUGUUGGAAUCAGUCUAGGAACUAUUUAACAACUUGCCCUGAAAUGCUUUUGAACCAUGCUAACCAUAUUUCAUCUACUGUUUAUAUAUUAUGACCUUGGAGAAGAAUUGUUUUAAUACCAAACUGAUGCUUAAGAUAUUGGAAAAGUUUUAAGCAAUACAAAUCAGGGUGCAUCAGCUUCACCUGUUCAUCCUCAGACAGACACAUGUACCUGGUAGCUGUUAAAUUUAUUCUCCAAAGUCCUGCAGCAUGCAACAAAAAUGUGAUUUGCCCCUAUCCCAAGUCAGCAGAGCCCAUCCAGAAUUAUGCAGACACGGAAACUAUACCAUUUUCCUUAGAUAAAACUAUGACCUUUUUCUCUGAACAAACUUUCAGGUGAAGGCCUUGUGACGUGACUUUUCCCGUUGGAAUUUGUUGUUGAGUUGAAACUUACAUGGGCACAAAGGAAGAACAAUCACAUUUUUGCUGCGUAGGCCUGUUUGUGUGCACCUCGUCCUGUGGAGUUUUGUUUUACUUUCAUUCAUUCCCUUUCUGUAGCAGCUUUCAACAACAGGUUGAAACAGCGAUACAGUUGUUCUGACAAUGGGGCUUCUUAGUAGUACAACCUAGUUUUGAUAUUUCUGCUUCAAAAAGGCCAAUUAUGUUGGUCCACACCACAGCAAGUUCCUUGGCAACAAACCAUAAGGUAUUUCCCCUCAGAUUUGUGCAUUUUAAAUACACUUAGCUGUGCUGACACUAAUUCUGAAGAGAGAUUGUUAAGGUUGACAGAUCCACAGUUUGACCAAUUUGGUCUUUCUUUACAUCUAUUCACAAAGGGUUUUGUGUUUUAAGUAAAUGCUUUCUUGUAUUUCUUCCCUUAAAAUUACUGUUGGUAGCUAUAUAUGGGCACCCCUCUGAUAAACGAAUUAGGCUGAAUAUGAGGUAACUGAAUACAUUUCAGCUUUGAGCUUGUAGAACUACUAUUAAAAACAACGGGAAAAAGCUGUUAAAUGAACUGAGCCUAUAUGAAAUGGGGCAACUGAGGGCCAGAAUGAGAUACCUAAGUGUAGCUUUGGGGGUAGCAUUGGAGGAGGUGGCCCUGAAAUACUCCUUAGGCCAGCGGUUGUUAUUUAUGUUCUUUUAGCAGUACCUAGCACAAAGGGACACCGACCUGGCUGAGACCUCUCACAGGAUACUACAGGACAAAGAUAUACAUUUAGCCAGCGGUUCCAGUUCAGCAAGGUGUUAAAAGUGCAUAUGUGAUACUAAACACACACAUAAAAUUCAGGUGUAUGCUUAAAUCCCUCACCAUAGUAGUUGUGUGCCUCAUCCUGUUCUGGAGAAUCAAGGUUUGAAGCAGCCUCCAUAUACAUUUGCUCCUUCUGUCUCUGGCUUCUGACACUGGUGAUACCAGUGAGUCACUAAGAGCAGGGCUCAAACUAACCCUUUUCCCACUUGCUUCCAAACAGCCAUUAAAUGAUAACAGUCCCCAGCCAUUACCAGUCUGGUUGAUUCUGUAAUCACUGGUCUGAAAACAGGAGGCUGUGUAUUCAUUAUCACUCUCCUGAACCAAUCACUUGCCAUUUUUUAAUUAUAGGAAAUACCCUGACAGUGAGCAUUUCAAGUUUCAAAUUGAAAGCAUGCCAGGGUUGAGAUUUACAACAGUCCCACAUCAGUGAGGUUUAAAUAAUAUAGCUAUUAGCAAUGUUCCCCAGAUAGCCAAACCAAGACCUAUUCUUCCUAUAGAGUUGCUUUAAAAAUCACAUUAGCCACUCCCUGUUGUGGUGCAGUUUUGUCCAGACUGUUCAGUAGCAAAACAAAUAAGAGUCAUGUAUGCAAUCCCAAGAAGCAGUGAGGAGAUGAAAGAGAAAUGUUUGGAGGUGUCAUUUGCAGAUACUUUGUCUUAAAAAUAGCCUGGUAUACUUUACCAAAAUACUGGCCAAGACCUUGAUUCUGCAAAACGCAGGUACCUUAAACAUGUGAGUAGUCUCUUUGGCUUCAACAGGAUCUUUAUGCUCUUCAAGGCUAAGUGUAUAACCUAAGUGUUUGGAACAAGGGUUAAUUUUUGCAAAGCCAAAUAUCUUAAAACAAUAGGUUAAGACACUUUCUGCCAUGGCCAAAAAGUAUGUAUGGUGCGUGUGAAAGAGCAAAUGCUAGUGUUUUACCCAAUGUUGUAGUGACACUUCAGUUAUCUAUGCAUUUUUAUAUCUAGUGAUCCUGUAAGCAGACAGCCCUGUUCACUAUGUCUCAUAUGUCUCAUGUCAUUUUUAAUUAACCUGUUAAAUAUAGCUUAAAAUAUUUUUAUUUUAUUUAUUCUAUUUUUACUGAAAUAUCCUGCUUUAUUAUGUUGACUUAUCUUUACUAGAAAUCGUCUCACAACUUUUCCCAUGCUACGUAAUCUCUGUGUGCUAUAGGUUGCCUAAAAAGGUGGGUUUUGUAAUUUGUAGUCAGUUUUAUUGAAGUAUGUAAAAGAAAUAGCAAAAAUGUGUAAAGCUGUCUUAUUUUUUAAAUGCAAAUAGUAAGCUGAGGCAGAUAUCACAUCUCAUUAAAAUGUUCCAUUGAGGAAGCAAGAUUUAUUGGCACUGCAGAAGUCUGUAGUUGGAAGCCUUUCCUUUGAAAGCUAUGGCAAGCCUUGGUGCUCUCUUUAGGUCUUAUUUAAACUACUUACUGUUUCAUUUAAAGAAAAAAAAGAUUAUGAGACACCUACCAGACAGUUGCACAGGAACAAAAUAAAUGUAUAAAAGGGCACUGAUCUCUCUUACAGUGAAGAUUUCUUGGGGAUAAAUGCUGUAUGCAGUUACUUCUACCACUU